AUGCGCGAAUCGCUCUCGGCUCUGCUUGCGGCGACGCUGCCACAGGCCGUGGCGGUGAUUCCCGGGUCCGCGCGGUACUUCCCUCCCCCGGCGCCCAGCUACACGCAGCAGCCUUCCGCCGUCAAGCCAACGGAGCUGUCUUUCGCCGGUCGCGCAUCGGGCCCGGAGCUAACCCAGCCCAGCCUCACUAGCGAGGCCACGCGGCUUCGCAGUGACCUGCUUCGAGGGUACGACCGGUUGGCUGCUCCCAUCACCACCGUCGGCGUACAGAUACGCUUCUUCAAGGUGGAGGGAGUCCGGGCAGCCGAGGGCUCGAUGCGGCUCAAGAUCUGGCUCCGCCUGACGUGGUCCGACGAGCGGCUCCGGUGGAAUGCGGCCGAGUAUAGCAACCUCAGCUACGCCGUCUUCGGCGAGCACGAGGUUUGGGUCCCCGACAUCCAGCCCUACAAUACCAUGGUGGGGAUAAGCAACACGCUCGAUGCCGUCGCCAUGACAGUCUCUCCGGACGGCUCUGUGUUCUGGAGCCGGCCAGGCAUGCUCGACGUCAUGUGCAAAUUUUCGGGGCUAGUCGCCUUUCCCUUCGACACGCUCUCGUGUGUGAUUGAGAUGGGUGGCUGGUCCCUCAGCGGCAAUGUGCAGAACAUCACCCUCGAAGACGGCGGCUACGUCUUCUCGAGCCAGGAGGAGUCGGCCGGCACGUCGUACCAGGAGUACACUAUCAAGUCGAUCGAGGUCUCCCGGGAGACUUACUUUUACCCGUGCUGCCCCGAUGAGCCGUGGCCGAUUCUCAAGUACUUGGUCAACCUGGACCGCGCGCAUGAGUACUAUACCACGCUCGUCAUCUGGCCGUCUGUGCUGCUGACGUACUGCUCCAUGGGCGUCUUCUUCAUGUCAUGCGAGGUGGGCGAGCGCCUCUCGUACGGAAUCACGCUGCUGCUCGCGGCGGAGGUGACCAAGGUAGUGAUGGCCAACUUCCUGCCCGUCUGUGGAGAGCUGCUGUGGAUCGAUCUCUUCACAGUGGUCUGCUCCGCCUUCAGCGUCCUCUCGCUCAUCGAGUCGUUGGUGGUGCUCUCCCUUGCGUACCACCGAAAGAAGUACAUCCUUCCGAGAUGGAUAGUGCUUAUGUGCCGCCUCGCCCUCGGCUACGACCCCGCCGGACGCACGGUGCUGGCAGACGAGACUGUGCUCACAGGCGGCGUCGAUCCUGAUGUGGAGCCGUGCGCCGGCCCGAUCUACCGCAGCCUCACGCGGAGUGGCGCGGGACCAGGCAGCAGCGAGGGACCAGGUAGCGUGUGGCUGCGCGGCGCGGGCUUGUCGGGCGCGCAGAGCACCGUCGACGCGCAGGUAGUCGCUUCGCGCCUGGCCUUCUACGAGAGCCUCUUCUUUAGAAUCGACGCCGAGGCCGACGGCUACUUGGGCCUCGAGGAUAUGAGCCGCUUCCUCUCUUUCAUCUUGGUCGAGUGGGAAAGCGAAGCUUGCACGCGUGUGUGUAAGCUGGCGGACUUGAAUCAGGAUGGCCUCAUCGUCCGGAGAGAGUUUGUCGAGCUUUGCGCUACCGUCCUCGCCGACGAGCCCAUCCCAUACGUGGAGCAGGCGGCCGAAAACUUCUUGCACGCGCAGGAGCUCACGCAGCGGCGGAGCCGGGCCCACUGGGCUGGCGCCGCUCAGCAGGUCGACCGCCUCGCACGGCUGACGCUCCCCUUCCUGUACACUACCUCCCUGCUCGUCCUCUUCCAGCUCGACCUCUCCGACCCAUACCUUAGCGACCCCGGCGCGCGCAUGAUUGUUGGCAUCGGGGUACCUUCCAUGUCGACGGCUGGGAUCAUCAAGUCGCUCGUCCCCACUUUUGUCGUCCUUCUGUGCAUUGUCGGCUGGCUGGGCAUUCGGAGCUACGCUCGCCAGAGGAAGCUGCUGCGCAAGCAGCCCACGCGCGACGAGAUCCGGCUGCGCAACGGUGCGAGGCCGCGGCAGCUACCAAACAGGCUCGAGUUUCGGCGCGCCUUCGAUUCCCUUGGGGUGAGGAUCAGGAGCAGCACGAGCACCUCUAGACGAGCGGCGGCCGGGCUGCGGCCGACGGCAGUCCCGGCGCUGUCUGAGGACGACGACGAGCAGGUGGGGGCUGCGGAAAGCGCAGAACAGUGCAGCGUAUCUGUACCAUGUCCCCUGUAG